AUGUCACUUGAAGGCCAUGUCCUGAUCAUCACAGGCAGUGGCUCCGGCAUAGGUCUGGCAACAGCCUCAGAGGCCCUAAACCAGGGAGCCCGGGUCCUAGGCGUUGAUGUCUCAUCGGGACCUGCGUCACUCAUUGACAACCCAAAUUACAAGUUCCUGCAAGGAGACCUCACACAUGAAGCUACACCGAAGCAAGUGGUAGAGAGAUGUGUCAAAGAAUUUGGCGGAAGAAUCGACGCUUUGUUGAACAUUGCUGGUAUCAUGGAUCGCAAUGCUAGCGUUGACGGUCUCUCUGAUGAUAUGUGGGAUCGAUGCAUUGCGAUCAAUCUCACCGCUCCGGUGAAGCUUAUGCGUGAGGUUAUUCCAAUCAUGCGAGGGCAGAAGAGUGGUAGUAUUGUCAACGUCGGCAGCAAGGCGGCUACAAGUGGUGCUGCGUCUGGUGUCGCAUAUACGGCCAGUGGGUACACCCUGACUCCGUCGGCUUAG